AUGGGGCAUGGUAUUAUUCCAAGGCAUCAGUUUAUUUUAUGGUUAGCAGUGCAACAAAGGCUGGCUACAGUUGAUAGACUCAGCAAAUGGGGAAUUUCAGUGCCUAAAGAUUGCGUUCUAUGCAAUACUGGAGCUGAGGAAAAUUUUACACAUCUUUUCUUUGACUGUCCCUAUUCGAACUAUAUGUGGCAGUCACUACUACAUUGGAUGCAAGUGCCCAGACAGAUUCAAUGCUGGCACGAGGAAGUGGCAUGGAUUUCUAGAAGAGCUCAUACAAGUCGACCACGUGCAGAGAUCGUAAGCUGGCUGUUUGCAGCGUGCAUCUAUCAUGUAUGGAUUGAGCGAAAUGCCAGGAGAUUCUCUCACCGUAGGACACCAGCCAACAAUCUGCUAAAGGAUAUUGGUCUUCAAUUGCAUAUCAGAGGACAACUCAAGCCAAAAUGGAGAGGAUUGGAAUUAGAAGAGGCAAGAAAGGCUAGUCUUGCACCAGCGGAGUUGGAUGAGGAUGGAAAAGAAAUCAGUCCUCACAUUCCUCAGUAUAUGUCUUCAGCUCCCUGGUAUCUUAAUGCGGAGAGACCG